GGGGGGGGAAGAGGCAGAGUGAUGCUAGACUGUCGACUGCCUCAUUCUAUGGGAUUCCGCCCAUGCCCACACGUGCCACCCCAUCACCCGAUGCAGCAGACGUUCAUCUUCUCGGCAGAUCGACGACAGUUGGACGACAUGGUGGUGGCACUUCAUCUCCCACAGUGUCCCCUGCCAGUGCCCUACACCACCCCCCAUCGGUGACUUUACGACGCAUGGCUGCGCACGCGAGUGGAGCAUCCACGUCGUCAGCGGCGGCUGCCCCGCCUGUGCGUAGUCCAUUAGGCAUGCCACCGCUCCCUGCACGACUUCCAUCACCCAUUGUUGAUAAUGUGAAGACAAGUCGUGCAGGGAGGAAGAGGAGGAGGGAGGAUGACAGAGGCACAUUACCACCUCCUCCACGACCACAGGGUGGCACAGGCAGACCUCGUGGUCGCCCGCGAGGCUCAGAGUCAGGCAGGGGUCAAGGCAGGGGUCAAGAUUCAUCGGCGAUGAGUGCAUUGGGGGCAGACGACGAGGGUGAGGACGAUGUUGGGCAGCGCACCACUGCAUGCAUUGAUAUGAGGGUGGGUGUUCGUACGAGGUCUCAGGCCUCGAGUGGAGUUUGCAGUAGGAAAUCCACUCGUAUCAUUGACGACGAUUCAGAUGCCGCCUCAAGUGAUGGCCUUUCUGGUAGUGACUACGUGGAUGAGAGGGAUAGUGAGACUCGUGCCCAGGGAGAGGACGAGAGUGGACAUGACGAUAGCUCAGAUGGUAAUGGGCACGAGGACGACUAGAGGGAUGUUCACUACUGCGCUGAGGGAUGCGUUCUGUCAUCGGUGGUUGUAGCAUGGAGGAACUUGGACGUUGAUGUUGCAAUUUCGUG